AACAUAAAAACCACACACAAUCCGCCGAAGAGAGCCGUCCACACUCAAUUCUCUCCAUUUUCUUCAAGCAAAAUCCCGAUUCUAAGAUCAAACAAUGGGAGUUUUCACCUUCGUCUGUCGGAGCUCCGGUGGUAAGUGGACCGCCAAUCAGUAUUCCGGUGACCUUGAAGGCUCUGCCGACUCCACCUACGAGCUCCAGAGGAAGCUCGUUCAAUCUGCUCUCUCCGUCGAUUCCUCCGGUGGUGUUCAGUCCUCUUUCUCCUUCAUCACUCCCACCUCCGCCGUUUUCCAGGUGAUCGUUGGUGGUGGCGGCGGUGGCGGUUUCAUUGGUGGUGGUGGAGGAGCUGCAGCUGCCCCUGCUGGAGGAGAUGCUCCAGCUGCUGCAGAAGCCCCAGCUGAGAAGAAGGAAGAGGUGAAGGAAGAGAGUGAUGAUGAAGACCUUGGCCUAUCACUUUUUGAUUAGUUGGUAUAAUUACUCGUUAUUGUUUAUCAACCUCAGAGUUUUUAGCAUUCAAGUUUUCUUUUCAGGAAAUUAUGUCUAUGCAUUUACUUGAAUUUGCAAGUUCAGUUGCUGUUCUUGUUAAGGACGUAAAAUUUUGUUACUGACCUUUGUCUAAUGGUUGAGAAUUAGAUGUGUUAUUUUGGAAUUGUGUUUGGGAA